UGUAUUACUAUUUCUCCCCCCUUCGUGAGUGCUCCCAGAAGCAAUCUCUAGCUAGAGUAAAUGGAAGAGUUCAUCGAUUAAAUGCUUUAACCUCUUCCUCUUCUCCCCUCGAUCAAUACUUCAUAUUUCCAACUUUGUGCUCUUCAGGGUGUUAAGGAGUGAGCAGAGGAGAGAGAGAGAGAUAGAAAGAAAUGGAGAGAAAAGCUAUAGUAAUCUGUUCUGUUGUAGGGUUUCUAGGGCUACUAUCAGCUGUUCUGGGUUUUGCGGCGGAAGGCACCAAAAUAAAGGCAUCUCAAGUUGAGUUUCCAAGUCCUUCUACAUGCAUAUAUCCGAAAAGUCCUGCCCUCAGCCUCGGCUUAUCAGCAGCAAUUUCUCUAAUGGUUGCUCAGAUUAUCCUGAACGUCGCAACUGGUUGCAUUUGUUGCAAAAGAGGUCGUCAUCAACAAAGUUCAAAUUGGACCUUGGCAUUAGUCUACUUUGUUGUCUCAUGGUUCACGUUUGUUGUAGCUUUCCUUCUGAUGCUUACGGGUGCAGCUCUAAAUGAUCAACAUGGUGAAGAGAGCAUGUAUUUCGGAAACUACUACUGCUAUGUUGUGAAGCCUGGAGUCUUUUCUGGAGCAGCCCUCUUGUCUGUUGCAAGUGUCGGUCUGGGUAUUGCUUAUUUUCUUGCCGUGUCUUCGACAAAGAACAGAGCUGAUGCUCCUCCUCCUCCUCCCCCUUUGUGGGCUGUACCUGUUGCUCCUCCUAAUCAAGGCGGCAUUGUAAUGGGACAAACCCACGUUCCUCCUCCUCAAUCGAAUUCACAAGAUCCAGUCUUUGUGCAUGAAGAUACGUAUAUGAGAAGGCAAUUGGUUUGAAUGCUUUGGCUUUGUAUGUUGUUAAUACCAGGUUUUGAGAGCAUAUGUGAUUGGGAUGGGAGAUUUGAAGCCGAUCGAAACAUUUUGGGAUGGUGUAAUCUGAUUGUGUGUGCAAACCUUGUGAAUUGAAAUGGGGCUGGUUUUAUGGAGGUUAGAUUCUAUAUUACAUAAUAUACUAGUAAAAUUGAUCCAUUAUUUUGCUAUUGGCAUUGUUGUGUUCUUAACAUUUAUCUCAUAUAUGGAAAAAGGAUAAUGAGAUGGUAAUUUUGUUUAUGUUAGUUA